ACACCUGCAGCGAGCAGUGGCAGAGGUUCAUUUUAUUACAGCACACCCGUUGCAUUCUGGGAGAGUGGAUAGAGACUGAGCAGUGGAUCUUUUUUAGUAGUACGGCAAUUUCUGGCACCCGAAAUCUCAUGUCGAAAUAGCUAGUCUUCCGCUAUCGGUAGGAAUGGCGCUGACACGGUUCGAGCGGUUCCUGGCCUCGAUACUGCGGGGAGCGGUCAGGUUGCUGUUUGCCGUAUUCCAGCUGCUCGCUCAGCGGCGGGAGGCCGACAGGUCGGUGAGGAGGCUCCCACCAAUCACCAACCCACUGUUGAGGGUCCCCGCGAUGCGGCUCGCCCGCAUGAUUCGACGGAGAGAGGUAACCAGUGUGGAGGUGGUACAGACCUACAUAGACCGCAUCCAAGAGAUUAACCCUCUCAUCAAUGCCAUGGUCAAGGACAGGUUUUCAUUGGCCCUGCAGGAGGCAGCCCAGGUGGAUAAGCUGAUAGAGGAGGAGACAGGAGGAGAGGAUGUUCUGGAGGACAGGCUUCCUCUACUGGGUGUCCCUUUCACUGUCAAAGAGGCCUUCUCCCUCCAGGGCAUGCCUAACUCCACAGGGCUGGUGUCACGGCGGGGGGUGAUUUCGGCAACGGACGCUCCCCCGGUGGCUCUGCUGAAGAGGGCAGGGGCCAUUCCUCUGGGGGUGACUAACUGUAGUGAGCUCUGCAUGUGGCUUGAGUCCCAUAACCACCUGUAUGGAAUCACCAACAACCCAUACGACCUGGAGAGAAUACCAGGAGGAAGCUCCGGAGGGGAGGGCAGUAUUUUGGGGGGCGGUGGUUCCGUGAUAGGGGUUGGCUCUGAUGUUGGGGGCAGUAUUCGCAUCCCAGCAUUCUUCAACGGCAUCUUCGGCCACAAGCCAACAUCAGGUGUAGUAUCUAACGUGGGUCAGUUCCCCCCGGCCUCGGGGCAGCAGCCUGGUUUCCUGUGUACAGGCCCAAUGUGUCGCUACGCCCAGGACCUGCUGCCCAUGCUCAGAGUUAUGGGAGGAGCCAACGCUGACAGGUUGUCUCUGUCAUCUGAGGUGGAUCUGAAGAGACUACGGUUCUUCUCUGUUCCUCACGAUGGAGGCUCUCCUCUGGUGUCUCCUGUUGACCAGCAGCUAGUCCUGGCUCAGAGGAGGGUGGUAGAGCGUCUGGAGGCAGACCUGGGGGUCAAAGUUCAGCAGUUGAAGAUUCCUCAGCUCAAAUACUCCUUCCAGAUCUGGAGUGCGAUGAUGGGAGCCCCGGGGAAGGAUGGAAAGCAGCCCACAUCGUUUGCAGAGCUGAUGUCUGACCAUGGGAAGAAGGUGUGGCCUCUAUGGGAGAUGGCUAAGUGGACUGUGGGACUCUCCAAGCACACCGUGGCUGCUAUAGGUCUGGUCCUGGUAGAGAUGUUCCAGAGGUCCCAGCCCACCCAGUUCAUCCUGCAGCAGAAGGAGUCUCUCCAGAAGGACCUGGAGGAACUGUUGGGGACAGACGGGGUGCUGCUCUACCCCUCUCACCCGCACCUCGCCCCCAAACACCACCAUCCCCUCUUCACCCCCUUCAACUUCUCCUACACUGGUAUCUUUAACAUUCUGGGUCUUCCGGUGACCCAGUGUCCGUUGGGGCUGAGUGCGGAGGGUUUACCCUUGGGACUGCAGCUGGUAGUGGGGAAGCAGCAGGACCGUCUCUCCCUGGCCACCGCUGUGUUCCUGGAGAAGACCUUCGGCGGUUGGAGAGACCCGGGGAGCAUCGCCACGGCCACCACCCAUCUAGAUACCUGGCGCGGGGCGUCAACGACCGCAUCGUGAAUAUACAGAGAUGUUUAUUCUGGGAGGAAUGAAAGUCCUAGAAGACAGAGGAAUGUAUGCACUGACACAGACAGGCAGACACACUCACACUGUCUGUUUGCACAUGCCGUCCUGUCAGUCGUCCAGCCUUCUCAUUCGUUCUUUAACAGCAGACUGUCGCCAGGUUACUGAGUCACUCGUCCACUACAGUAUGUCUGUUGUGUCUUCGUCACAAAGUGCCCUAUGCUUGUCCAAAGAGCCUUUAUGUGUCUUGUCAUUGUGUGUUCCUGGCUUGUGUCCCAAAUGACUCCCUAUAUAGUACACUACAUUUGACCAGAGCCCUAUUCCCUACAUAGUGCCCUACAUUUGACCAGAGCCCUAUUCCCUUCAUAGUGCCCUACAUUUGACCAGAGCCCUA